AUGGAUGUCGCAGAGAUAUUUUCUGGUGCCGAUGACUAUGCUGGACUGCCCUCGCAGAAGACGUUCAACAUCAAGCGCAAGCUGGGAAAGAAGGCCAAGCAGAACCGGCCCAUCCCCACCUGGUUCCGCUUCAAGUCGGACACCACCAUCCGCUACAACGCCAAGCGUCGUCACUGGCGCCGCACCAAGCUGAACCUCUAAGCAGCGCGGAAAUUUCAUGGCUUCAAUAAAUUUCCAUUUGCAAGAUGGGCAAUAAAACAGCUGUUUGAAUACAAUAG